UCAACCCCAGGGGGGGGCGUGGUGGAGGAUUGUCACAAGUGUCAAAGAUGGAUGACCUUUUUGACAACAGUCCUUUCUCUAAGCAAGAGGAGCCUGCAGAGACACAGAGUGAUCCACCUGCCUCUCUGGAUGUGGAGCAAGAUGAUGUGUCCUUUGGAUUUCCACCUACUGGGGCUGACGCAAUACCUGGGAACAGUGCACCAUUGAAGUAUAAUGCACAAGCUGAUACUACUGCUGAUGAUGAUGAUGAUGAUGGACCUGCAGCAAGUGAGCCAACUACCCCCCACGAUGAUAUAAAGGUGUCUGUGAAGAGCUAUGAGGCUACUGCAGAUGACUUCAUAUUCAAUGUGGAAGUUGAGGUGAAUGGUCAGACAAAGACAGUGCAGCGUUCAUACAAGGACCUUCAAUGGCUUCACAGGAACCUCUCUCGAAAAAUGGAGCUCGGAGGAUACAUUCUGCCUCCUCUACCAGCCCCUCCCCCUUCUGUGAAAUCAGUUGAUCCCAAAAUGGUGAUUUUAGGAGAUGAUUCACAGGCUAUGUUUGGUGAUGUCACAAGACUACCUUGCAUCGAAGUGGAACAAUUUAUGCAAACACUGGCUGAUCACAGAUUUUUUUCUGAGAAUGACACUGUACACACCUAUGUGGCCAAUCAUGAGGUUUCCGAGAGGGACAAGUUGGGAACAGGCACUCUGUGGAAUGCAUUCACUGGGAUAGUCUCAGAGUUUCAGUUGAGUAAAAUUGAGGAUACAGAGGAGGACUUCCACAGGUUCCUGGAGUACGUGACUGACCUAGCCCCUCUGUUGAAGGAGUGUGCUCAGAAUCACUCCAAACUAGUCAGCUCUAAAAACAGUUUGGCCUGCUCCCAGGUGUUCAUUGCAGGUAUGCUUAAGGAGCACUCCACUUUUGAAACGUUUCGAAACAAAGUAUGCUCCAGCACCUUCCAGAGACUAGGAGAGGGUCUGGAUGAGGAGAAGCAAUCUCUGCACUCAAAAUCGCUGGACAGCAGGCACACCAUUGGUAUGACCUUCGACCUCUACCACCGCUACUCACUUCAAGCAAAGGAAAUGCUGUACAGAAGGUUGUCAAAGCUUCAGAAACUCCUGACAUGCACAAGCAAGCUGGGCAAGGCCAAACCUGAAAAGAAAGCUGAAGCAGAAGAUGCGAGAGAAGCAGCUCAGAAAGAUCUCCAGGAUAUCACUGAAACGGCACGAAAAGAGAUUGAAUUGUUCAAGCAAAAGUAUGCAGAGUUUUUUGGAAGCAAUAUGAUUGGCUACGUUGAGUCUCAGCUGGCCCACUCUAAACGAGCUCAUGAGAACCUGACUGCUAUUCGAGACCAACUACUAGAAGGCAACUGAAUAGCUAGCUAGCAACGUUUAAGUGUUUUUAUGUACACACAACUUUUUUAACGAGUUAUUAGAUUGAAUUCCAUAUCUUUGUGUGGGAGGAAGACAUUUUUGCUGAUGAGAAACAGGCGGGAGUAAUAUCAAAA